AUGCUCGGUACAAUCAUUCGGACAGCUACUUCGAGGCACUUGGCUCCUGGAUUGUCGCGGAAAUCCCAACCGACCCAGAAGAGUACCGCGGUACCAUGGCUCGUGCGCACUCGAGCAGAAUAUGCAGCUCUUGAAAGGGAUCUCGAGAACGAAGUCUAUGAACUGCGAGACGACGUCGAUUCCAUCCCUGAUAGCUACCAUGGCUUCCGUGAUUUUGUCGAGUUUCCUUCCGAGCUUCCGUCGAUGCCCGACGUCGGUGCCCAGUACACCUACAUCACAAAUUUGGAUCAAGAAAUUCUCACCAUGAAUGGGAGUAUUCACUGGAAAUUAAGCAACAUCCCACGGCAGGGCAAUCUGUGGCUCCACGCCAUCAAAAAGAGCAUCCACAAGGGCAAAUUGACGAUUUCCUCAGAGACAUGCCCAGAGGAGCACAUGGCAUCGCCAGCCUUAGCACCCUCUACACUGAGCAACGAAAUCAAGUACAACUACCGCCUUGUAGUUCCGAAAGCGAACAUUGAGGCGGCUCCAAAAAUGUUUCUUACCUACGUUUUGUCGCGGGUACUCAAGAACUAUCAAUCGCAGAUAACUCAAUUUGCAAUGGAGUGGACCGCGGAGUCUUUCCCUUUUCGAGAGCUUUGCUUUGCUUUCGUCUCUAUUGCAUCCGACCUGGCGAACCUCCAGGGGUAUCACCCGUUGAAACCAGCCAUGUUCCAUAGACCUGGCGAGCCUCCGGGGGUAUCACCCGUUGAAACUAUCUAUUGGCUUGACGACGUGCUUGUCAGCCUGACCCGAGUGCCCGACGGCACAUCCGUCACCAGGGCCGUUUCUUAUGGUGUUAGCCAGGGGCGAAAUCACUUUCAGAUUGUCAUCUUAUCGAUAUUCGAAGUCAUUUUGGCGGAGGUGCUGUUGGGUGACGAGAACAAACCAUUUGUUAAAGUGAGCAAACCAAUCAAGCUUUCACCUCUGCGAAUGGACUAUUGCACCAGCUUCCAUCCGCGAGAGCGACCAGAAGCAGAGACAGGGAUGAAAAGGCGACGUCGAAGAGGAGAGUUGAUCAUGAUGUCGCAUUGCAGGUGGAUCGUGCGAACCCUUGGUGAGGAAUUCCUGGGUUUUGCUGCUCUCGUCAAUUUCUUCGAGGUCGCAGGGAAUCGCCGCGCAGCGACCAAAUCUUCUGGAAGACUUCCUACCGAGCUGUACGAGCAGAUUCUUGACUUUGUAGAUCACGAGACGUGGAUCAGCUGUUUAGAUGUGUCGCGGCAAAUUCGUUACCUUUGCCUGCGCAGGUUCAGGCUUGAUCAUCAGAUGAGAAUCGUGACUGGACCAUCUGUGCUGCCUCAAGAAAUGGACCGAGAACACCUGCCAUCCUUCGACGCUGAAAACAUCCAAUCUGGUAGGAGCAUCCCAAUCAUGGCGGCUCCAUCACGGUUUGGCCCUAGGGACGACACAUAUAACUGGAUACCGGAAAUCGGCAACGAUCUUAAAAUGGCCAUGGAAGACGUGGUCAUCCAGUUUGGGCUCCAGGGCGAAGUGUCAGUGGGAAGUGACAGUCCAACUUGGACGUCUGACGAAGAUGAAUGA